AUGGGAUCAAACAGUGCACUGGAUCCCGAUCAACAUCAAAGGAAACCCAAACUGAAUCCAAUUGCCUGAUUUGGCCAACUUUUCGUGCCCUGAUGGCGAACGAGCAGCCUCGAAGACCCGCUUCCGCCUACUUCUUGUGGCUGACUGCGAGUCGUGAAGAGAUCGCCAAGGGCCUGGGCACCAAAAAAGCCUCGGAGGUCUCCAAGAAGGCUGGAGAGCUGUGGAAGGCAAUGAGCGAAGGAGAGAAACAGGAGUUCGAAGUUCAAGCCAGAUCUUUGAAGUCUGAGUACGACAAGAGAAUGAGCCUCUUCAAGGCGCAGGGAGGUGUGGUGACCAGAAAGCGUCCGGCUGAAGCAAAGGAGGACAAGCCUCGACGACCGGCGGGUGGCGCCUAUGGCUGCUUCCUUGCAGCUGAGCGGGAAGAGAUAGCGAAGAGCUUGCCUGAAGGGCACAAGAUGACUGACGUUGGGAAGGCAGCAGGCGAGAGGUGGCGUAGCCUCACGGAGGAAGAGAAGCAGCCAUACGAGGAAGAAUACCAGAAGAAGUUGGCCGAAUAUAAGGAGGCCAAACAGAGCUAUGAAGAAACCAGGACGAUUGACCUGGUAGAAUUGGCAAGGCCGAACAAAAAGGCUAUGGCUGGGGCAUAGUGCAUGGCACUCCGUUUGGCCCAGAUUGUAACUGUACAAAGCAAGCGUGGCCUUGCCGUUUGCUAGGGGGUAUCUUCUAUCUUGGGGUGCAGAAGACGUAAUUGUACAGAUU